CUCCUCCUGGCUACUCUCUUCGUCACUCUCAUCUUCGUCUUCAUUACUCCUCUCCUCUCUACCCUAUCUUAUUCUCAUCACGAUAUCAAAAUGCCCCGCUUCGACCCCACCUUCACCGACAAUGUCAUCAACUCCAUGGGCCCCAAGACCUCCCCGCGCUUCCGCCAGCUCAUGACCGGCCUGAUCCGCCACGUCCACGACUUCGCCCGCGAGAACGAGCUGACCGUCGAUGAAUGGAUGGCCGGCGUGCAGAUGCUCAACUGGGCCGGGCGCAUGAGCGACGACAAGCGCAACGAGGGUCAAUUAGUCUGUGAUGUGAUCGGGCUUGAAUCCCUCGUCGACGAAAUCACCUUCACCCUCGCCUCCGAGGCGCCCGACGCGCCCACCGCGACCGCCAUCCUGGGCCCAUUCUUCCGCGCGGACACGCCCUACCGGUCGAACGGCGAGAGCAUAGUGCGCACGGCCCCGGCGGCCGGCGACGGCGAGAUGGCGUACAUGCACGGACGGGUCGUCGACUUCGCGACCAAGACGCCGCUGGUCGGCGCCACCGUCGAGGUGUGGCAGGCGAGCACGAACGGGCUGUACGAGCAGCAGGAUCCCGCGCAGGAGGAGUUCAAUCUGCGCGGGAAGUUCAAGACCGAUGGCGACGGCCGGUAUGGGUUUUAUUGUCUUAGGCCGACGCCGUAUCCGGUUCCGGAUGAUGGUCCCGCAGGCAAACUCCUCGAAAUGAUGGAUAGACAUCCCUUCCGACCGGCGCAUAUCCAUAUCAUUGCUACAUACGAAAACUACAAACCCCUCACGACGCAAAUCUUCGACAGCAAGGACAAAUACCUCACCAACGACUCCGUCUUCGCCGUCAAGGACUCCUUGAUUGUCGAUUUCGUGCCGCGCGCCAACGACCCGAAGGCGGGUCUGGAGCUGCAGUAUGAUGUGAAGCUGGUGCCGUCGCAGCCAGCAUCGGCGGGGCAGGUGGAUAAGGCCAAGAUAUGAGUGCGGUAUACAUACAUACAUACAUACAUACAUACAUACAUACAUACAUACAUACAUACAUACAUAUCUCUUGUGUUUGUGUGUGUGUGUGUGUGUGUGUGUGUGUGUGUGUGUGUGUGUCUGAGAGAUGAUUAUCUGUAUGUGGAUGUUGGGAG